UUCAUUCUAUUUUAAUAUACAGAUUUCAUCGGUUAUUUGGUUGUCUCAUAUCCUAUUGAAGAUGCAAAUAGGAAAGAUGGAUCUAAAACAAAACAAAUGACCAUUACCUUGAAGGAUCUCGAAGAUCAGAAGAUUAGUGUAACGUUGUGGGAAAAUUAUGCAAUCACUUUGUCAAACUACAUGAAUGACAAAAAUCGACCUGCUCAUGUGGUUAUACUUGUCCAUUUUGGAACAGUUAACAUAUAUCAAGGUAAAGUUGGCCUGACUAACAUGUUUGAAGCAAGUCGUGUCUUCAUAAAUUCUGAUAUUCAUGAGAUCAAAGAAUUCAAAGACAGAUAUCUUGAGAAGGAGUUUUCUAAAUCAUCUUCAAGUAAACAAUCAUGCUCACAAGUGAUCUCGAAUACAGAAGAUGAGUUUCUAAAUGCUGAAGAUUUUGUUUUGACCGGUUUUAUUGCUUCUAUUGACGUGGAGAAAAAGGUUAUCAUUGUUGGUACUGUUAUAGCUAUUUCAAAUGAUAAGCCGUGGUAUUAUUUAUCAUGCAAUGUUUGUAAGAAGCAAAUUGAAGAGAAAACUGAGUUGGUUGAAAGAGAUGAUGGCAGUUUUGACGUGUUGGAUGACAAGUCGUUUGAGUGUAUAAACCCAGAUUGUGAUGCUGUUGACAUUGUUCCUGUUCAUUGAUACAAGAUACCUCUAAGGGUUCAGGAUUCAACAGGAACCAUUUCCUGUACUUUGUUUGAUUAUGAAGCUAUUAAGCUUUUGAAAAAAACCUCGAAAGAACUGCUAGAUAUCUACUCGAAGGUUGACACUUCCACCGAAGGAUCGUUUCAAUCACUUCCAUCUGAGUUUGAUGUGUUGUUGAACAAAAAGUUUGCAUUCCAAAUCAAAAUUUCCAAUUUUAACAUUACCAACCAGGUUGAAAACUAUGGGAUUUCAAUGUUAUCUUAUGAUGAGGAUCUACUUUCUGCUUUGGAGAAAAAAUGGAAACUU